AUGUUGCACAACACUCUGCACCGCCGGAAGGUUGAUCUAGAUUUCUACCUUCACCGUGUGUUUCAGAAGAAGUCAUUCCGUCCCCUUCAGCGAGAAGUGAUCACCGCCGUGGUUGAGGGCCACGAUGUUUUUCUCCAGGCCUCGACCUCCUUCGGAAAGAGCUUAUGCUACCAGCUACCGGCCAUGACUACUCAUGGAGUGACUGUGGUUGUAUGCCCUCUGCUGUCUUUGAUGACUGAUCAAGUCAACGCACUUCAAGCAUUGGGUGUUCCGGUAGCCACCAUAAAUUCCACAAUUCCCUUGGCUGAAAGACGAUUGAUAGUUGAAGACCUUUUGUCGGGACACCCUAGAAUACGACUUCUCUAUGUCACCCCCGAGUCUUGCCAAAAUAACACACUCCGACGGAGUUUGCAAAUAAUGCAUAGCCAACGAGAGCUUGUGCGCAUUGCCAUUGAUGAAGCCCACUGUAUCAGUGAAUGGGGCCAUGAUUUUCGUCCAGCAUACAAGGAUCUCUCCUGGUUCAGGGAUUUUCUAACAAACCCACCAGUGCCGAUCAGUGCCCUUACAGCGACAGCCACUCCGCGGGUUUGUGAGGACAUCAUCAGCAUGCUGGGCCUAAACUCAUCCCAACUUAAACUCUUCAGCACUCCCUCGGCCCGGCCCAACAUUCAUUACGAAAUUCGGUUCAUGCAAGAGUUCGCUCCAGAUCCUUCCGAACCGGAGGCGUUUCAAGUCCAUGACCUUGUCUCAUGGCUUCAGUCUAUCCAAGGCCGGCGCGAGGCUCGAUUAGGUAUUGACGCGGCUUCGAAAGUGCCCCCAAUAUCCGGCAUAGUCUACGUAGCUACUCGAGCAGCAGCAGAGAGACUUGCAAACGUCUUACGUCAAUGCGAUAACCGCAUCCGCGCAGUGGCAUAUCACGCCGGUCUCGCCGCGGCCGACAGGGCCAGGGUUCAAAAUGAAUGGAUCAUGCCCCAGAAACAACUACAGCAACAGGAACAUCAAGCAAAGCUGCCAAGCUUCUACAUCAUCGUCGCAACAACCGCGUUUGGCAUGGGUAUCGACAACCCGGAAGUUCGGUUCGUUGUCCAUUGGAGUCCUCCACGCACAUUCGAAGGCUUCGUUCAGGAAUCCGGGCGUGCAGGCCGCGACGGCCGCGCUGCAGCGUCAAUAGUAUAUUAUAGCCCCCAAGAAAGAGAGCGCGUUCUGAACCACUUACGUCGGGACAUUGAAAAUGCGAACAAUAGCUCAGGUGGUCGAAAUGCAGGCCUCAACCGAGAGAAAGUAUUGCGCCUGACAAAUCUUUACGCGCGCAAGCAGAGCUUUGAAAAAGUAGUACAGUAUUGUGAGACUACUACACGCUGCCGGCAUGAAGUCAUCAAGGAGUUCUUUGGUGAUCUCGAAUUGGAGAAAAUGGGCUCGCAGAUCCCAAAAGACGAAAUUGAAUCUUCUGAUGGUAACAGCUUCCCAAGCGUCGCCAUGCCCUUAUCUCCUUGCAACUAUGCCUGCGAUUUCUGCAAAGAGGGUACGGACGGGCUGAACGCGCGCAAAGCGAAAAUGGCGUCUGAAGAGGAGCUCAAUAACUUUGCUCAAGCGGGCUGGCUUGACGCGAUGUUUCCGCUGGAUCGGAUGUUUCCUGAACUGGCGCGCUGA